CUAACACCAACUGCCCGGGCAUGAUCCCGUAUGACUCAAGGAAAAGGACUUUGAAUGGGUGAAUAGAGAAUUCAACCAAGUCCUUGACAGAAUGGUAGUGGAUACCAAUCGACGUACCGACGUGGAGAGGAAUAAUGCUCUUCCACGUUGCCCGGUAGGUCAAUUGAUACCCAUCAGGCAUCAGACUACGCAGCUCGUGGACUUGGGGCUUCUGCAUAUACGACGGUUGCUCUUAGAGCUUCCGGUCGUCAAGCGGGAUGAAGCCCUCGUCCCCAGGCUGGGCAACCGAGACCACUUGCGCCACGGAAGAAGAAGGGGCACAAGUGGAAGCAUCAACCGGCUUCUUCUGUGGAGAAGUAGCCGGGUGCUCAGAGUCAGAGGAUGAAGAAGAAGAGGAGGAACCAAAGGCGUCAAACGCGGGGGGAUCUUUAUUGGAAUCCGGCACGGCGCCGCCGAUUUGUCCCGCCGUUUCGUCUUCCCGAGAAGUUAUCAUUAUGGAUCAUUUCGGCUGCCACGUGUCGCUCCCUUAUUCGUCCGGCUGGGCGGCACUUCCCCUAUAUAAAGCGAGGUUCCCCACCGAAUUUUCUCACUUGCAAUUUGCUAUCCAAAAAUCUGCCCGGUUGCUUUUAUUGUCUCUUGAGUCCUCUGAGUCUUCAAGUUUCAAGAGAGUGGCACUGGAGAAGUAUUUGACGAGGCUCGUAGCACAUCCUGUGAUCAGGAAGAGCAAUGAGUUGCGAGCGUUCUUGCAGGUUCAAGGGAAGCUUCUCUUCCCAAAGCAGUUGCUUAACGACUCAAUGAAUGCAGCAGUUCAGACGCAGGAUACGGCACAACCAGCAAGAGUUGGAAGGGAUUUGCUGAAAUUGUUCAAGGAAUUGAAAUAGUCAAUUGUUAACGAUUGGGGAGGUGGAUCGAGGCCGCUUGUGGCGGGAGAUGAUAAGGAGUUUUUGGAGAAGAAAGAGAGACUCAAUGAGCUUGAGCAACACCUGACUUUUGCAUCAAAGCAGGCUGAAUCGUUUGUUAAACAAUAAAAAGACAUGUACUAUGGGGCAAUUAGGACUAGCAUUCCUUAAAUUGAUGAAAUUUGAGAACGAGAGGGCAAUGUUGAACACUCAGAAACAAAGAGCCGCUAAUUUGAAAAAUGUGGCAACUGCAGCUGUCAAAGUGAGCAGAUUGUACCGGGAACUGAAUACACAGAGUGUGAAGCAUUUGGAUGUACGUCAUGAGCAUCUGGGGUUAAUGUUGGCAGUGCAUGAUACAUUUUUCGAUCGUUCAAGCGCUCUACUAACAGUACAGAAUCUUCUAUCGGAUUUGUCCUCUCUAAAUUCAAAGGCCAAGAAACUUGAAACAACAUCUCCCAAAAAAUUGGAGGUGAAAGAUCAAAGAUUCAAAAAAUGGAUGAAUUGAAAGAUGCUAUCAGAGCCACAGAGGAUGCCAAAAGCUGUGCCAUCAGAGAAUAUGAACGUAUCAAGGAAAAUAAUAGAAGUGAAAUUGAAAGACUAGAUAGAGAAAGGCGCAAAGACUUCACAAGUAUGUUGAAAGGAUUUGUGAUUAGUCAGGUCGCUUGCUUCGAAAAAAUUGGAACAGAAUGG